UUCAUGAAAAACAAACAAAAAGCGACAAAGUGAAAUUAACAAAAAAAAUAAACACAAAAACGGAAAAGUGCAAACAGAGGGCCACGAGCCAAGGCCGAAGUAAAAACGGUGAACCCAAACAAAUAAUUGGAAAUUAAAACUAACUCGAAAAGCAGAGCCAACGGAUCGUAUCGGCGGUCGAGGGAGUUUUGGUCGAAGUUUAUUUGCAGUCGCUAUGAGCGGAUAUUUAUAAAAAUAGGAGAAGCCAACUGAAAUCAAAAUAAAAAAUUCCUGAAGCGUGAAAAAAAUCCCCAAAGGGAAAUUCAAAGCCAGAAAAAUGUGGAAAAUCUGCAUUUUUACAUUGGUAAUUGCGGUUGGGGCUGCAACAACUAGUGAAACCAUAACAAAUGACUUGACGGCAAAAGGCAACCGAACGCUGUUGAAAAUCACCACCGAAGAGUCGAGGGAAAUUUCAGCUGUGGGCGGGUCAACCUCAACGGCCACGCCCACCACGACGGCCACAACCAGCACAACAACCACGCGGGCAACAACAGUUGCCGAGGAAAAUGUGGAGACACCAACAACUGUGAGGCUAAUGACAACCACCCAGAGGAUGGCCGAAACCGAUUUGGUUGAAAUAGGCAGCAUCAAGGAUGCACUGCAUCGCAUUAAAUUGAUCGAAAGGCCAGUGGAUGGAACAACCACCACUGAACAACCAGAGGCCAUGGAUCAGGAUGACCAGGAGGAGCAGCAGGAGCAGCAGGAGGAGGAGGAUGUGACCCCCACGAUUUCUCCACUGCAAAUUCAAAUGCAGGCCGCUGCCUCAUAUCAAGUAGCCGAAACGUUGGCCGACUUGAAUGAGGAGGAGCGGGCCAGAUACGAUGCCAUGUUGGCCCAACAGCCCACGGCCAGUAAGCUGAAUAUAGUCGAUCUGUAUCCCCUGAAAAUCGAGGAUAUUCAGCCCAUCAUACAGAUCGACAAUGAUGAGUUGAUCAAGCAGAGAACCAUUUUCACACAACCCGAAAAUGCUGAGGAAUACAAACAGAAUCUGAUGCCCAAUGAAGUGGAGAUGAUGGUGGACAAAGAGGUGGAUGAGGUGAGGGAUAAGGUUAAGAUCAAUCGUGAAAAAUUCGAGAGCUACACCACAGUAAAAACCACAACGAGUAGACCUAAUCAGGGAACCACAGCUGAUUUCACAGGCAAACUGCUGGCCGAUCAAGAUGAUCUCAUCACCGAAAUCGAGAGCAAAUUCCAGCUGCAUGAGACCACUACUCUUAAGCCAAGGACUACGACCAUCCAACAUCCUGGCUUGACUUUCAUUGAUCGCCGGGUGAAGAAGAGCUUCGAGUUUCCCAUGCAACAUCGUGCCAGCGAUGUGAUGGCCAUGCCGCACAUUGACUUUGCCAACACCAAGUUCCAGACGGAUGCCGAUGCACCCAAUCCACCGGCCUCACAUCCCGAAUUCUCAACCACAAAGUUUUACAACAGCAAGGAGCUGUACAACGAAAUGCUGCUGCACAAUAAGCGCAAGUUAAUGAAGGCAACCAGCGCUGAAGGCAGUCCGAUAAAGUCAGCGGAGGAUACAACUCGGGCCAACACAAACUUGGACGUGACGCCAGAAGGGAAAAGUUUGGGGCCAACAACCAUGACGACAACAACAGCUAGAGCCCCAACUACAACAACUGCUGCUGAGUCAACUACCACAAGAACAUCACCAACAACAACAAUAACAACAACAACAACCCCUGGCAGCCCAGCAACUACAACAAUAACAACAGCCCCUGGAAAAUAUCAAAAGGAGCUUAAGCGUGCCAAAUUAUUGCUCAAGGCUUUGACACCGCCAAAGUCGAGUGACAAGCGGCCAGUUGGCGGGGAAUCCCCCUCCCCAUCCUCUGAAUCGCCAUCGAUGAUCCUGGCCACCACCACAACGAUGGCCACUCUGCUGGCCACGGCCAGGACUCGUCCUUCGCCUGCUAAUCCCACUAAGGCCGCCGCAAAGCCAAUUGCCAGGCCGCGCAUCCUGAGUCGCCUGCAGGAGAAAAUCAAUUCGCUCGAAUGCGAGAUCCCCAACGUGCCGCAGGACUCGCAUCUGUGGCGCGGCAACGAGACCCACGAACUGCUGCUGCCCAUUGUGACCACGGAACACUGUAAGCCGGAUGAGCACUGUAUACCGAAUGUCCUGACAUGGCGAGGUGAGGCGGAAAUCCAGUCCGGCGACAUUUUAAUUGUGGAAAUCAAUGAUGCCAUGUUGAAUCCAUCGCAUGAGCCGAAUAACACGAGCAGCGCUGUACAUGCCACACAGGUGUAUCAGGUAACUCGUUCCGGCCACGAACACUGCGAUGUUACCGAGGGCGUCCUGUUGGAUAUCACGCCGCUGGUGGUCGAUGGCAGGAAGCUGGUUACCCUGUACGAUAAGGACCUCACCGAGGGAGUUAACCUGCUAAUUGUGGUGUCCGAGUUGUGGGGGGCGCAGUGUGUUCGCCUGAAGGUGACCACGAAAACCGACAAUUGCGGCGAGAACGCCGAUUGUUCCGGCAAGGGAGUGUGCUACUCGAAUUCCGGGAUGGAGGAGUACGAGUGCCAGUGCUGCAGCGGCUUCGCAGGACCCCAUUGCGAGGAGAUAGAUGCCUGCAAUCCGAGUCCUUGCACCAACAAUGGCAUCUGCGUGGAUCUGUCGCAGGGUCACGAGGGCAACUCGUACCAGUGCCUGUGUCCAUACGGAUAUGCGGGCAAGAACUGUCAAUACGAGUCGGAUCCCUGCAAUCCCGCCGAGUGCAUGAACGGCGGCAGCUGUGUGGGCAACUCCACGCACUUUCGUUGCGACUGUGCGCCCGGGUUCACAGGACCUCUUUGCCAGCACAGCCUGAACGAGUGCGAGUCCUCGCCGUGUGUUCACGGCAUUUGCGUCGACCAGGAGGACGGGUUCCGCUGCUUCUGCCAGCCAGGAUUCGCCGGCGAGCUGUGCAACUUCGAGUAUAAUGAAUGCGAAUCGAAUCCGUGUCAGAAUGGCGGCGAGUGCAUCGAUCACAUCGGCAGCUACGAGUGUCGCUGCACGAAGGGAUACAGCGGCAACCGUUGCCAAAUUAAGGUCGAUUUCUGCGCCAACAAGCCUUGCCCCGAAGGACAUCGCUGUAUUGAUCAUGGAAAUGAUUUCAGCUGCGAAUGCCCAGGAGGUCGGAACGGACCGGAUUGUAAUCAAAUGCCACGAACGUACUUCCAGCAGUGCAACGUGAAUCCCUGCACCCAUGGCGGCACUUGUUGGUCCAGUGGCGAGAGCUUCUACUGUGCCUGUCGUCCCGGAUACACCGGAACCAUGUGCGAAGAUGAGUUUGUGGUAGAGACGGUCGUUAGUUCCAGCGAAUUUAUUGUGGACGAUGCGAACGCCAGAAAUUUUAAUGACAAAACUUUCGGUUCGUCGGUUGUGCUUAAGAGUCCCAUUGAAUUGCAUAAUGCAUAUUUUGCGGCCGGAGUCCUGGCAGCCGCCAUUUUCAUCGUUGCCGUUGUGGUCACCAUUUGUCACUGCAAGGUCAAUCAGACGUAUCGGAAAUUCUCGACACGUUCCACAUCGUUUAUACCCAUAUUGGGCUUCAGUCGCCGGCCGAAAAUGCAGGGCAAACUCAACAAACAUUGGCUGAGUGGCAAAGGGGCCACCGCGACGACUGCGACCAGCAGUGCCAAUAAUGUGGCGCCCCCGGGUGGACCGAGGGUCGGCUCCGUCGGUGUCACAGGAGGCGGAGCGCAGCCGGGAACUCGACAUCUGCCGACGCAGGCCACGCUGGGUGGCCAGCUGCAGGAGCGACCUUUUCAGCGGCACCUGGCCAUGAAUCUCGAGAACGACAUGUACUACACGGUGGACUUUAGCGAGAACUCACAGCACUCGCCGUUGAUACAGUGAGACUUGGAUAGCAGCGGCAACGGCGGUUGGCUAGUCAAAUUCACCCCACACAAACAGGAGUGUGUGGGCUAAGCGGCAGAAAAUAUUGGGUUGGGUUCGUGGGAUUGUGUAAUUAUCUUUGAUGCUACUCGUUGAAUAUUCCAAAUAUUGAACAGUAUUCGAUAAUAAUAAACUAAAGACGUGUGUGUAUUAACUUUAUGAUUAUGAUUCCGGGCUAAUGCAAACACAAACAUGUAUGAUUAAUACAUGUAUCUCUUGGCAUAAAUAGGCUUAGCAAACUUGUUUAUCAAGGUUUAUUUUGGCUAAGCACACACAAGACCACACUGACACAAACGAGGGAUAAUGUUUAAUUUUAAAAUGUGACGUUGGAGGAGGGAGAUCAUCUAGAGUUAUGUAAAUGUUUAAUAUGCUGUCCUGACUGCCUAAGUUUAUUGUAUGAAUUUUGCACGUUUGUCCGACAAGACAUAAAUUCACGUUGGCAUCCUCAUGUGGAAUCGUUUUAUGGCUGGAAGGAGCAGAUAUGGCAGACUAUCUCGGCUAAUUGUGACCAUAAAAUCUUCAGGAAAUUUGUUAUGCAAAUGCCCGGUCUGAAUUUCAAGUUUAUAGGUGCUCAUUUGCAUAUGGACAUUUCAAGGAGAUUAAAUGAUUUGCCUGGCCAAGAGCAAAAAGGUUUCUCUGUAAUUUUAAUUAAUAAGAGUUGCCUUGGCAUAUUCAAAACUUUUCCACCCGAAACAUCAAAGAGAGUUCAUCUAAUUAUGUUUGCCAGUCCGAAAAUAUGGCACUAUAAUGAGCAACAGAAAAUACAAUUUGAUAGCAUUUAAUAUAGAACGUUUUCACCGCAUAUUCAUUUGCGAAUGUUUGCAAUUAGUUAAAUAAUAAUAUAGCGAAACAGAAUUCUAUUGUGUAUGCGUUUUCAGUUCCGAUGAAAUCAAUUUUCUCAUGAAUGUGUCGUAAAUAUUGGAAUUAUAUCAACUAAUGUCGGGAAAAUUCUGUUUAGUUCAGUUUAGUUUUAAUUAAUUUUGCCUUACCAAUAAAUUGUGAGGCAAAUGGAGAGGGUGAUUUAAAUUGAAUUCGGUCAGGGCAGAUAUCAGAGAUUAUUGCCGCUGCUGGCCCCGAAUGUUUGACCGCAGUCGAAAGUUGUUAGUGAAAAAUAAUUAGCAUAAAUUAAAAUUGUAGCCACAAAAGUUAAUAUGUUUUUUGUGCAUAAAUAAUAUUUAUUUUGAAAUUAUUUCCAUAAAUGAGUGUGUGGUGUGUGUGUCCGGGUGCUGGCCACAUUUAGCAUAUUGCUGUUGAUAUGUAAACAUAAAUAAAUGCUGAUCGAAAUGCAAUAGAGGUCGGCACAAAGUAGAGCUCAAUUGCGAUUUAAAUCAAAUAAAAACCGAAUGAAAACAAAAAACCAUAAGGCAAAUAAGUGAAAUAAAUUGAGACUUGAUGCAUACAUUUUUGCAUCAAUAAUAGAUUUUCGUGCAAUUUGAUAUGCAGAGAAAAAUGAGAUUGUAAUUAAAACGCUAUAUUAAGUAAUUGAUAACGAUAAACUGAGGCAAACGAAAAUGGAAAAAAAAACAUACAAAUGAAAAACCAAUAAAAUUUAAUUAAUGAGAAGCCUUAGCCUAAGGAGAAAAAUACAGACACAAAGAGAGCAAAGCAAAUGAAAGUAAUGUAAUGAAAAUGAAAUUAAAACAAUAGCAACUUAACCUAUGGCAAAACACUUGGCGUUUUGGGCAAUUACAAUUUAGUUUUUAAGCCAAUCAGCAAAAUAAAGUGGAAAAUCCAGCGAAC